UUUAUCUUCUCACUCUUCCUCCUCCAUAUAUAGCCCCCCCCCUCUCACCUUCACAAUCAUAAUAUACACAUGGAUUGUAUCCCCAGCAGAUCAUGCCUCCCUCAUAACCCGUUCUCCAUGUCAACCUCUCCACACCGGUCCUAGUCAAUCAAUCCCGCUCUGUCCCCCCUCCCCCGAACGCCAGCGUCAUCGUCAUCACCGGUUCCCACCCCUUCAACCCCAGACUUGAUCUGAUCCAUCCUUCGACUAAACACGUCGGAACCUCUUCCCCACUAGACAGCUCAGCUCCCACUCAACUGGACAGUCACUUGUUGCCUGUCGAUCGCUGAGUUCAGUUAAUUACUCUACACAUACAUAGGGUGGCACCGGUCGCUAUCCCCAUCAAGAUGGAGCCCCGCAAAACGCCCCCGGAGUACUUUCUGGAGAUCUUCGCAGAUACAACCAACGUCCGCGACGUGUUAAAAGGUAUCCUCAACACCAUCUUCUUCCACCGAUACUUCCCCUCUAUCCGCCCCAUCACCUUCGACGUCCUCGACUUCACCCUCCCCGCCAUCAACGACGUAGAUCUCGAAACCCUCAUCGACUCUCGCGUGAGUUCCCUCGUCCGCCAGCACUCCUCAGCAGCCAGCGCCCCCGAUGGCGGCGGCGGCGGGGGUGUCCGGGCCCGAAUGGCUGUGGAAUUCUACGAAAAGCGACGUCGACGACCGGGAAUCUGGUUUGGCGGACUAUCAGGGAAGGGCGAGGAAGAAGUAUGCUGGGAAGUGUGGAAUUUGGAUGUGACGAUAGCCACUCCUCGAACAGAGUCUGAACGCGCCAAAGUGCGCAAAGCCAUGGAGAAUAUGCUACAGAAAGCCGUCCUGAAGAUUUUAGCCGUGGUUAGCCGCGAUAAGGAGCACAUUCCCCCGAUUACUACGAGUGAUUCGAAUCCGUUCCCUUAUCGCGUGGUUCUGAACCCCAGAUCGGAUGGUUGGCAGAAUCGCUUCGGGUUAUACUGAUGCAGGCUAACCCUCCUAUCCCUAUCACCCUCUACUACUUCUUCCCAUCCCAG